AUGGGAGGCGGCAUGGGGGCUCCAAUGCUGCCGUCAUUCAGCAACAUGAGACGAGCUCACAGCACAGGCGAUAUCCAGUCCCUGGCUGCAAUGCGCUCUCUAGCCAUGGGCUUUGGCCACCUCCCAGCACCACCUGGAGCGGCAGCAAUGAGUCCCUUUGAUGACCGUACCGGCAUGGGACUGGGCAUGGGCAUGGGGGCAAUGGGCAUGGGCAUGGGGGCCAUGGGAGUGGGCAUGGGCAUGGGAAUGGGCAUGGGCAUGGGGGUGUUUCGGAUUGGGCGGUAUACGCUGGAGGAGCGGCGGCUGCGGAUCAUGAAGUACCGGCAGAAGAGGCAUGAGAGGAACUUCACCAAGAAGAUCAAGUACGCUUGUCGUAAGAAUCUGGCCGACAGUCGGCCGCGCGUGAGAGGGAGAUUCGCACGCAACGAUGAGAUUGAGGAGCAUGAGCAACAGGAUAAGGAUAGUCACAGUGGGGAUGGUGCUGAUGCUGAUGGUGCAUGCGCUGAUGCUGACGUGGACAUCUCAGGUCCACAUGGCACGUCAUCGCAUGAUAUGUUGCCCACAUCGCAUGCUGAUAUGUUUUCAGCAGAGGACUUUUCUGACAUGCUUUUGGAUGGACCCUUUGGUAACUUGGACAGAAUUCAGGCUCAUAGUGUGUGGUGCUUCGCUUCCAAUAACCCAUAUAUCGCGUACACUGCAGCUAAUGAGCAUCGCGAUCUUUCUAGAACCAUGGCGCUCACACCGUUCGGCAACGAUCCGCUGUUCAACUCGCUUCUCCGGCUGUCACACAUUCCAGACGAGUUCAGCACUCUUUUCGACGCUCCGACAUCCAAGUUCGUGAGGGACAGCAACGCGAUGGCGUCAACAGCCGUUGACGUGAAAGAGACUCCCGAGGCUUUCAAAUUCAUCGCGGAUCUCCCGGGACUGAAGAAAGACGAGGUGAAGGUUCAAAUCGAAGAUAAGAAUCUGCUGACUAUCAGCGGCGAGCGGACUCGGGAAGUGAAGGAAGAGACGGAGAAGUAUCACCGCGUGGAGCGGAGCACUGGUAAGUUCUUGAGGCGAUUCCGUCUUCCUGAUAACGUGGAAGUGGAUAAGAUCGCUGCGAGCUCGGAGAAUGGUGUGCUUACCGUGACUGUGCCGAAGCUCAAGCCCCCCGAGCCGAAGAAGCCGGCUAUUGUAGAUAUUCCCAUCAAUUAA